CUUUUUUUCAAGCCCACCCACCAUCCUCUGCGUCGAGACUGCGUCACUUUGCAUUGCUCGGAGCCUUGCGCUCUCAGUGCACAAAGGCAGAGUGCAAAGAUGCCGGCGAGCAUUGGGAAGUCCAAGUCGUCCGCACCAGGCAUCAAAAAGGUCAAGGGAGAAAACUUCUAUCGCGAUGCCAAGGGAGCAAAGCGGGUCAAGCUUCUAGCCAAGAAUGGCAUUGCUUCCAAGGCCAUCCGUGACAAGGAUGGGAAUAUCAUCCAGGCCGCCGAGUUCCAAAGUUCCGAAGCGAAACCGGGUCGAGUACAGCCAGAUCGAAGAUGGUUUGGCAACACGCGCGUUAUCAGUCAGGAUGCCCUUGCACACUUCCGCGAGAGCAUGUCUUCGCGUGUCGACGACCCAUACUCGGUCUUACUUCGCCGCAACAAACUCCCUAUGAGUCUUAUCCAGGAGCCCUCUUCCAAAUCGUCCCCGGCCGGCAUUGGGAGCAACAAGCUAACCGCCGUCGAAUCUUUCUCUGACACUUUUGGUCCUUCGGCCCGAAGAAAGCGUCCGCGUCUGGAUCCUACGGCAAUUGGGUCCUUUGAAGAAUUUGCUCAGUCUGGCACAACGGCGAUUGAUGACGCCGAAACUGCCGCAGAAGCUGCCCAAGCCAAAGCCCGAGGCGUCGGUCUAGUGCCAGAGGACGCCGAGAUAGGUGCGGUGCAAGCGGAAGUCCCCUACGAAAUUCCCGUACAGCGAGGACGCUCGGAGCCAAUAUAUUCGAAAGGUCAAUCGCGCAGGAUCUGGGGCGAACUAUACAAGGUUAUUGACUCAUCAGACGUCGUCAUUCACGUCCUCGAUGUACGCGACCCUGAGGGGACACGAUGUCGCAGCGUUGAGAAGCACAUCAAGGAAGAAAAACCGCAUAAGCAUCUAGUCUUUGUUCUCAACAAGGUCGACUUGGUGCCUACUUGGGUUACGGCUCGAUGGGUCAAGAUUUUGUCUCAAACCGCCCCUACACUGGCUUUCCACGCCAGCGUCAACAACUCAUUCGGAAAAGGCAGCCUCAUUUCCUUACUUCGCCAGUAUAGUGUGCUGCACUCCGACAAGAAGCAGAUCAGUGUCGGCUUCGUCGGAUACCCGAACACGGGCAAAUCCAGCAUUAUUAACACGCUUAAGAAGAAGAAGGUAUGCAAAACAGCACCAAUUCCCGGCGAGACCAAAGUUUGGCAAUACAUUGCUCUUAUGCGACGGAUCUAUCUCAUCGACUGUCCGGGCAUUGUUCCUAUAUCCGCCCAUGACUCGGAGACGGGCACAGUGCUUAAAGGUGUUGUCCGUGUCGAGAAUCUCGAGACCCCAGCGGAGCAUAUACCCGCCUUGCUAGGUCGCAUCAAGGCGGAGCACCUGCAAAAGACGUAUGGUCUGAACAAGUGGAUGGACGCGGAUGACUUUCUGUCGCAACUGGCCAAAAAGAUGGGCAAAUUGCUCAGAGGUGGCGAGCCUGACAUGGAGACCGCAGCCAAAUGCGUUCUCAACGAUUGGAUUCGAGGGAAGCUGCCUUUCUUCGUAGCACCGCCGACGGCCGAGUCGAACGCCACGGGUAAGGAGAAGUGGGCUGGUGCCGUCAAAGGCGUCACGCAACCGCUGCGUGGCAUCAACCCUGUCCACCGCGAGGCCAAAGGAGCCACCGAGGGUGAUCAGAGGAGUGCUCUCGGUGUUGACAAAGAUGAAGCCACCGAGGUAGUGUCCACGGAGGAAUUUGACGACGAGGAUAUCCAAGCAGAGGAGGAUGAAGACGACAAGGAUAUCCAAGAAGAGGAGGAUGAAGACGACGACGACGACGGCUCAGAUGCUUCGGCCGACAGCCUUGAGCAAUUAGGGUGGGAUGACGUCUUUGGCGGUGCAGAAGCAGAAGAGGAUGAAUCCUUCACCGAUGAAGAGGGCGAAGAGUCUGAGCACGGCGAUCACAGCAAGGCAGAGGACAAAGCCCGUGCAGAGCAAUUGUCAGAAGAUGAUGAGCAGGCGAGAGGGAAAAAUGCGAAAGCACCGCGGAUGGCCACAUCGAAGCGCAAGGCUGAGAACUUCUACACGCAUGCCAACGUCAAAAACAAGAACCGGAACAAGGCAAAGCUCAGUGCGAGCAUCGCUGCUCAAAAUCGCAAUUCGCGCGGCUCGCGAAUCGGUGCCAAUGGCAAAGCCGCACGCACAGCGAAGAAGAGCAAACAUCGCAGCUAGAUCGUCACAUGCAUUUGUUGUAUUAUAUCUAGCAUAUCGCAAUGGCCCUGACC